AUGUGGCUGGGAAAAUUGAGCCCUGCUGAUGAAGCGGGCUUCAGCGUUGUGAUUAACCAGCCUGAUCCCGAUCUUGAUAUUGAGAUCUACUGUCAGAGGAAUGAGAACGCUUCCCCGCAGAACAAUCGAGAGAUCUUCGUUCUUCAAUUUCAACCCUCCAAAGCUCCAUCGCUGAUGCCACCUCUCUGGAGCCGCUCGUUCAAUACGAGACUUACGUCGUCGGAAAUUUCGCAGCAGUUCCGCAACCCUGGGGAUAUCUUCUCUGUCCUGCUGAUUCUCGGCGGGGAUGUUGUUUGUCGCGCCAUCGCCCAGCUGGCGGGGGCUGGGAUCGUCCCCGUCUCGUUUUCUUUCGGAUGGGUCGCGUACAUUGUGACGGCUCUGCUGACAGCGAUCGGUGAGCGACGGCUGAUGCCUUACCCCGACAGUCCGUGCCUGGUCAUCAACGCCCGGUCGGAAUACGUCCGCGAGAACCGCAGCUGGAUCAUAGGCAGGAUAAUGCGCGACUUUGAGGUCUGGAUGGACGAGGGUCGCUCGGACGGGCCGAUCCGUCGCCGCUUGAACCAGAUGCUCGAUCAACGAUGGGAGAAGACUCGUCAGGACGCUGACAAAGUCCAGCCGGGCACUUCAGCGAGUAUCCCUAGGCCAACGAAGGCGGGCCUUUGUGUCUCCGUAUUCCAUGCCGAACAGGCUCAGCCGGGCUAUCAUGGCUAUGAUCUGCUCUACUACAUGGGGAUUGCCACGGCCGUGGUCCAACUUGGGAUUGCCGCUAUCCCGCUCGGGAUCUGGGGCGAUUGGGGUGUUUUUCUUGUCACCGCAGCAGGUAUUGUUCUCUCGUUUACUACUGCUAGCCUUCCCCAGUGGGCGCAGGAGAAGUGGGCGUGUCGACGCAAUUCCCGAAAGACUGUCAUUCUCACUCGUGGCAACGGGUCGCAGCAUGCGAUUGUCAUCGUCGGCACUGGCAAGGGGCUUGACUUGGAGGACCUGGCCAGCGGACCAAUCGACAUGGACGUGUCUCGGGGGUCGUGGACGAGUGUCUCCUUGAUGAUACUCGCUAUCCUUUGGAUAGUUCUAUUGAUCAUUGCCGCGGGGUUGCAACAGAGCACAUGGUUCCUCCUUGCCACGGGCGGGUUAGGCAUAGUCGAGAAUAUCCUUGUUGCUGGUUGGCCGCGACGGCCAGAAGCUUUUGGUGUUCGUUUGACCUUCAAGGAAGUUAUCGGCGAGCCGAGAGUCAUGGAGGCGAUAUUCGCAGUUGAGGAAGCUUACCCUCGCGUUGGUCUCGCGAUGGUAGACAUCUUCUUCCCUGGUAGAUUGUCGCCCAAAGAGAAGGAACGAUGGAAUGAGCUGCGCCAGCUGGCUGAUGCACUCGACGAGUCUCGACGAGAAGACGAUAAGACCUCCAUCGCGUGUAGCUCAACGUCAUAG